CAUAGGUAGAUGUUGUCGUCGUUGUCGUUGCGUAAUGCGAGGUGGUUUGGGCGACACCGGCUUUUGUGGUGUUUCCAUGUGCGGUUACUGAUUACUCCCAAGGCGGUCGGGUCAAGCUAAAGUUGUAUCAACGAAGAGUUUAGGUACUAGUAGGGUCGGUUACUUUCGUUUCGCCACAGAACCUCGUGUAUAUUUCACCGAAGUGAUAUUUUGGAAUGCGGAUGGGCUACUGUUAAAUACUUAUUGCACUUUGAAUUAAAGCCUAACUGUGGUUAAGAAACAAUUUAAACGAAGUUAAAGCGGUACGUGCGAGUCACAGAGUAUAAGGCCUUAUGCUAAGAUUUACCAUGACUUUACAAGAGCAGGAAAUGUCUUCCUCCACGUCUGCAGAGGUGGCAGACAACAAACCACGCUCACGAUCUCAACGUACAAUAUCAGUGGGUGAAAACAACAAUCAGGUCAACCGUAAAGCCUCGACUCACCAAGACCAAGGUGAAAGAAAACUUAUUGGCAUCGAUGGGAAAUGGUAUGACAUCACCACAUUCAUCCCCCAUCAUCCAGGUGGGGAUAUUAUCAAACAUUUCAUUGGCCGAGAUGCCACAGCAGUGUUUCAUAGUUUUCAUGAAAGGGACGUCUUGAAGCACAGAAAGCCAGUAGGAGAUUUCGAGCUAGACGAGGACCCAGCAACAGAAGCAUUCCGCCAGCUGCAAAAAUUUUUUAUUGAAAAUGGAUAUUUUGAAACCAGCAUGUUGUGGUACGCGGGUAAAUUCGCCAUUACUUUCUGUCUCCUGGCAUUGUCCUUUCUCUGCGUGAUAGCCAGCGAAAAGUGGUAUGUACACUACCUAGGGGCCUUUUUUCUUGCCUCUUUUUGGCAUCAGUGUGGAUUUUUCAUGCACGAUUUUAUGCAUACCCAGGGUUUCCAUAAGGCCAAGAUUGACCGCUGGCUUGGAACUUUCUUCGGUACCGUGUGUCUUGGGGUGUCGGGGAGCUGGUGGCGAGAGGAGCACUUUAGCCACCACGCACUGACCAAUACAGUCAACCCAGAGACCAAAUGGAGUGACCCUCAGGCUCACGAGGCGAUAUUUGCUCAAAAUGAACGCCUUUUCCCAUUACACAACAGCCUCUUCGAAUACUAUGCAAUCAAAGUCCAGCACAUCACUUUCUUACCCACGUGCAUUUUGUUUGGCCGCGUGGCUAUCAUUCUGGACAGUUUCCGCGAAGAGAAAAACGUGAGGGAAUGGGUGGCUUUUGUGAUCCACUGGACAUGGAUAUGUCUAUUGCUCUCGUUUCUACCUUCAUGGUAUGAAUGCCUUGUGUUUUACAGCAUGGCAGCUAUUUUCGAAGGCGUCCUCCACAUCCAACUGCUUAUAAGUCACUAUUGCAAACCAUUUUACCUCGAAAAUGACAUAUGUACAACACAAAACUGGUACCGCAUGCAAGUGAUCUCCAACAUCAACAUCGUCAAUCCUGUUUGGAUGGACUGGUUUCAUGGCGGUCUCAACUUCCACAUCGAGCAUCAUCUCUUUCCCUUGAUGCCCAGACACAAUUAUCGCAAGGCCAACAAACACGUGAAACAUGUCUGCAAAGAGCUGGGAAUUACGUUUGACGAAUGCACGUGGUCGGAAGCUGUGAUAAGAACCAUCCAGCAUCUGAAGAAGAUGUCCACUCAUUUCAGUUUGAACCCAAAUUAAAAAAGAUUUAGUAGAAUUUUUUUAUUAAAAAAAUUUCAUGAAGUUAUUAUGUAGAAUUGUUUUUUACUGUUUCAUUAUUUUGUGAUGCAUUGUACUUGCUACAUUUUGUGCAACCAGGGAUUUUGCAAGAAUAGAAGUAUUUUGGUCAAACCCCAAACCUAUAUGCAUGUUAGCUAUAAGCAUUAUAGUUGUCUUCUACAAUCAACAGUAGUAAGUUACAGUAUAAUUUUGUAAUGAUAUUACUAGUCAGUAAUAGCCAUGCAUGUUUUUAACAUGUACCUGGUCAUGCAGCAUAUUUGAGGCCAUUCAGAAUAAAAAAUCCGAGGAUCUUCUGAUCCAUUGAUCAAAUAGGGCAGACCCUACAUGAAAGAAUCCGCUGAUGGUCUUACUGCUUCCACAAGUGCUGUCCUUGCAGGAGUCUAGCAAUUAAACCCUGGAGCCUUGAUU